AUGCAGUACCGUGUGAUCAUGGCGGCCACUCUGGCCAUUGGCGCCUAUGCCGCUCCUGCUCCCGUUAUUACUGGCGCUCCAUCUCUCUCUCGUCGUCAGGAUAGCGAGGGUGGCUCUGGUGGUUCUGGUGGAAGCAGCGUUCUCGAUGCUCCCAUGACCAUCGCUGCCGGCGAGUCUUUCGAUGGUGGUAAUGCCAUCUUCGACCGCGGUGUUUCCUGCACUGGCCAGGUCGAGGGCGGCGACUCUGAUGCCGUCUUCAUCCUCGAGAAGGGUGCCACUCUUUCUAACGUCCGCAUUGGUCCCAACCAGAUCGAGGGUGUUCACUGCAACGGUGGCUGCACUCUUAACAACGUUGUCUGGGACGCCGUCUGCGAGGACGCUUUCUCCAUUAAGAAGCAGGAAGACGGCGAGACCACUACUAUUAACGGUGGCGGCGCUACUGGUGCCGAGGACAAGGUCAUCCAGCACAACGGUGGAGGUACCGUCAUCAUCAAGGACUUCGAGGUCUCUGACUUUGGCAAGCUCUACCGCAGCUGCGGUAACUGCAAGGAGAUGCCCGCUCGCCACGUCGAGAUCUCUGGUGGUUCUGCCACCGACGGAAAGAUCCUCGUCGGCAUCAACCCUAACAUGGGCGACACUGCCAAGAUCUCCGGUAUCCAGCUCACCAACGUUCCCAAAGAGUGCAUCACUUUCGAGGGCGUCACUGACGGCAGUGAGCCCAAGGAGGUUGGCACUUGCGACUCUAAUGCUGGCUCCGGUUCUGGCUCUGGCUCUGGAGACUCUACUGAGGCCCCUGCUACUCCUACAACUCCCGCCGAUAGCUCUGAGACCCCUGCCGCAUCUGAGGUUGCUGACCCAGCUGAGACUUCCACUGAUGGCUCUCAGGGUGAUGACCAGUCUGGCGACAACGACGAUGGUGACAAGGAUGAGUCUGAUGAUGACAAGAAGGACGACGACUCUGACGAUGAGAACAAGGAUGACCAGUCUGACAACGAGAACCAGGACCAAGGCUCUGAUUCUGAGAACCAGGAGGGCUCUGGUAGCCAGCAGGCCCAGCCUUCUCAGCCCAACUUCAACUUCGGAAGCGGUGGCUUCGGCGGCUUCUAA